GAAUCUUACUUGCUUACAGUAUAAAAGGUAUUGUCACCAAACUAUGGACAUCACACUCACAUCUUCUGUUGAACAGACUGACAUCACCAAACCAAUCAACAUGUACAAGAUUGUAUUCUUCCUCGCCACCCUGGCCUUCGCCGCUGCCAAGCCCAGUGCAGUAGCAGCUCCCUUAGUGGCGGCAGCACCCGUGGUUGCAGCGCCUGCACCCUUCGUCACUGCCACUAGCUCGCAAUAUGUAGCCAGGAACCAUAAUGGACUGUACGCUGCCGCUGCUCCUUUAGUCGCCGCUCCCGCUCCUUUAGUCGCCGCCCCUGCUCCUCUAGUCGCCGCCCCUGCUCCUUACGCCGUCGCAUCCCCUUACGCCGUAGCCCCUGCAGCCAGGAUCGUGGCCCCAGCAGCUGCCCCAUACGUAGCCGCCCCAGCCCCAGUGGUCCCAGCUCUUGCCCGGUAUGCGGCUCCCUACUACGCGGCGUCUCCUUACUUCGCCCCCUCCGCUCCUCUUAUCGCCCUCAAGUAAAUUAUGACUGAUUCUUAGCCCAUUUUUAUACUGACAAAUAUACCUAUUAUUAUCUAGAA